GUGACCAGUUCCUGUCCAAAAGUUUCUUCCCCUUCUUAUCCACGUCACUUGCAGAGCCUUUCUUCCCUUCUUUCUGUAUAAUCUCUUUUGGUAUUUUGCUGCUGCUUCUAUAUAAACAGACAGACAGAGAGAGAGAGAGAGUCGAUUGCGGAUGUGAAUAAGCGACUAGCGAGUUACCAUGUCUGCAACAAGCGUUGUUGCAGGCGGGCUAUGCGGCUGCCUUGUGGGAGAAAUCAGGCGGCUUCCGUCUCGUAGGUGGCGGCGCAGGUGGGGGGUCCUGCGGCCUCCUACCAAUCUCAUCAUGAGGCAGAAGCGCGAGUCAGGCGCGGAAUUCCUCCAAGGGAAUGCUGUUUUCUUGGCAGCGGCGGCUAAAGGGGACUCUGCUGGUAGUGGUGGCGGUGGUGGUGAUGGUGCAGAAGGAAGCCUCACUACUACCGUGGAAGAUACGAGAAUCUGGUGGCACCAUACACUCCACACGGCGGCCAGCCUCUACCCGCUUUACGUGACCGUGGGUGGAUUGGUGGCAUGUAUUAACCCUUCCGCCUUCUCCUUCUUCGUGGAGAGGGGUCCCGCCUCUUACAGACUCGCGCUUGCCUUCAUAAUGCUGGCCAUGGGCCUGACGAUCGAACUGCGCGACCUCUUCGACGUCCUCAUGCGGCGGCCUCUCUCGGUUUUCUUUGGGUGCACUGCGCAGUUUACGAUUAUGCCGGCCCUCGGUGUCAUUAUUAGCAAAUUGGUUGGGCUUCCACCCGCUCUGUCUGUGGGACUGAUUCUGCUUUCAUGCUGUCCUGGCGGUACCGCAUCCAAUGUGGUGACUUUAAUUGCUCAAGGAGAUGUUCCCCUGUCAGUAGUCAUGACAGUAUGCACGACUUUAGGUGCAGUAAUCUGCACACCUCUGCUGACCAAAAUUUUGGCUGGAGCUUAUGUCCCUGUAGAUGCAGCUGCACUUUCCACAAGCACAUUGCAGGUAGUUGUUAUUCCUGUUCUUCUGGGUUCAUACGUGCAAAGUACAUUCCCUGCUAUAGUGAAAGCCGUAGUACCCUUUGCACCUCUACUUGCUGUAUUGGCUUCCUCUUUACUUGCAAGCAGUGUUUUCUCAGAAAAUGUUGUUCAUCUCAUUGCAUCAAUGCCAUCCAGUUUCAGUCGAUCUUGGGGACUUGAGUCUAUUUUAACUUCAGAGCCAGGCCUUCUUAUUUUAUCUGUCCUUUUGUUGCAUGUUGGUGGCUUUUUGGUUGGAUACGUGGUUGCUUCUAUAUGUGGGUUUAGAGAAAGACAACGCAGAGCAAUUUCUAUUGAGGUUGGGAUGCAGAACUCAUCCCUUGGUGUCGUUCUUGCAACCUCCCAUUUUUCAUCCAAUGUUGUACUACCUCCUGCCCUCUCCGCCGUCAUCAUGAACAUUAUGGGAAGCACCUUGGGUCUCAUUUGGAGAUACAUCCGUCCAGAUGAUGGCGGAGAAGAGUCGCUGAUGAAUCAAAAUAAAUAGCUUCAGUAAACGGCGUCUAAGAUUGAAGUGAGUGUGUUUCUGGUCUUCAUUGAGACUCCCUCUCAAGUGCUCUUUUCUUUCUUUUUCUUCAGCGAUCUUGUCAAUAAUGGCGUUUGCCCGUGAUCUUAUUCCUACUUUUUGCAUUUUUAGCCUUGUGAAGCCUGUGAGCUGCUUGCUUUCUUCUUUUUUGCAGUCUUUUUUGUUUUUCCUUCAGGAAAUUGCCUGUAGAGCAUUGUAAAAGCAUGUAAAAGGAUUCUUAUCUGUCUAAAAGGCGCUUGAAACUUGAAUAUAUAAUGUUUCUUUUA